AAACAUGGAAGAGGGUGCUGGAAGCAUUUGAGGUUAUUUGGGAACCAGCAGCUGCAAUUAUGCAGGAUGGGUGCUCGAUCUGGGGUGAUCCUUGGUCCCACAGGGCUCAGGGCUGCUGGGCUGUCACAGGGCACUGGCAACUCCCAUGUCCCUGGAGAGAUGUGACAUGCCAAGGGCAAGUGUGUGCCCUGAGCCCACAGCAGCCCUUUGAACAUGUAAACAGAUGCCACAUGUUUGGCUGGGUCCGGUGGUGUCUGGGGGGGCAGGGGUGACAGGAGGGGUACAGAUGCUGGGCUGCAGAGUGAGUGGUCCAGGAACUGGGGGUCCUGCCAGGGCUGCUUCCUGCAGGGCAGUGCAGCAGAGGAGCACACGGGGCUCUUUGCCUGCUGCCUCAGCUGCCACAGCCCUACACAGGGUAAAGCAUCACCGGCACAGCAGAGCUAGAAUCCCUCUGGACAGGCGUCAGGGCUGCAGGUCCCUGCCAGCGUUGGAGCCCUCUCCCUGUACCACGAAACCCCCCAGAGCGGGGCCCUGAGCUGCCCGGCCAGCGCGGGGGAGACCUCGGCAUCCCUGCAAUGCGCUGCGCCCGGCAGCGGCUCAGGCUCGGCGUGCUGCUCCUGCCACAGCCGGACAGCGCUGCCCUCCUCCCCGGGGACCGGGGGAUCAGUCCCGGCCUUUCCCGGCGGCUCUCCCGGUCCCGAGAAGGCGGCACUAGGAUCCAGCGGCUCUCCCGAUCCCGAGAGGGCGGCACUAGGAUCCAGCGGCUCUCCCGAUCCCGAGAAGGCGGCACUAGGAUCCAGCGGCUCUCCCGAUCCCGAGAGGGCGGCACUAGGAUCCAGCGGCUCUCCCGGUCCCGGGCGGGCGGCACUAGGAUCCAGCGGCUCUCCCGGUCCCGGGCGGGCGGCACUGGGACCCGGCCUGGGCGGCGGCAGAGGGGCGAGCGGCAAUGUGAGCCCCUGUCCCGGCCAUGGCCGAGCCCGCUGGAGGGACCAGGCUGCACCCGCCGCCCGCGGGGCGCAGGAGGUGACGGACUCCUCAUGAGAGCCCCCAGCAGCUCCGGCAACGGGAGCGAGGUCUUCCCCUACAGCCGCCUGCGGGGCAGAGCCCGCCGGCCCCCCAACCUCAAGAAGUGGGGGGUGAAAAGCGGGUACCUGCCUGUCUGUGGGAACAAGACCCUGACUGCCCGCUGCCACCAAUGCGUCAUUGUCACCAGCUCCAGCCACCUCCUGGGCACCCACCUGGGCACGGUCAUCGACGGGGCCGAGUGCACCAUCCGCAUGAACGAUGCUCCCACCACGGGCUACAAUGCUGAUGUGGGCAACAAGACCAGCUUCCGCGUGGUGGCCCACUCCAGCCUCUACCGUGUCCUCAAGCGGCCCCAGGAGUUUGUCAACAAGACCCCAGAGACCAUCUUCAUCUUCUGGGGGCCUCCCACCAAGAUGCAGAAGAGCCUCCUGAAGAUCAUCCAGCGUGUCUGCACCUCAUUCCCCAACAUGACAGCCUACGUUGUCUCCCCUGGCCGUAUGAAGCAGUUUGAUGACCUGUUUCGGGGAGAGACAGGGAAGGACAGGGAGAAGUCUCGCUCAUGGCUCAGCACUGGCUGGUUCACCAUGGUGAUUGCGGUGGAGCUGUGCGACGCCGUCCAUGUCUAUGGCAUGGUGCCACCCAGCUACUGCGGCCGCCACCCCCCGCCCCGCCGCCUUCCCUACCACUACUACGAGCCCAAGGGCCCCGACGAGUGCACAACCUACAUCCACAACGAGCGGAGCCGCAGGGGCAACCACCACCGCUUCAUCACUGAGAAGAGGGUCUUUGCCAGCUGGGCCGGCCUCUACAACAUCACCUUCUCCCACCCCACCUGGACUUAGGGGCUGCCCCACACCUGCUGGGCAGACUCCUGGAGCUGGGAUGGAUGGGGGUUCCCCUGCAUCCCCCUGGGAGUGGGGGGAGCCCUGGCUCAGGGUGCCACCAGCUGCCUCCCACAGGACCACUGCUGUUGGUGGCUCCUUGCACCUGGGAUGUGUUGGGUUUUGAGCUAGUUUUUGGGGGCCAGGUGGUGAAUGUAAGAUUUGGGGUGUCCUCCCUCCAUGUGCAGGAUACUUGGGCAUGAUAUCCUGCCCCAUCCUGGUCCAUGCACAUUGCAGCCCUUGAGAGCCUAUAAGGGGGUUCCAGGUCCCCUCAGCUCAGUUUUGGUUUACACCACUUCUGGGGUCACCACAGAGAUUGUUUGCCCCAGCCAUCUGGGUGGGGAGAUGCCCUCUUGGAGCUCAGCCCCCCUCUGCCUUCCCCAGCCUCCUCAUCCCAGUCCUCAGUCAUCCUUCCUGCAGCAGAACCCCACAGUUUUUGGUGGGACCCCAUGGGGGCAACAUUGCCACCCUCCCUGUCCCAGCACCCCAAAAACACCAGCCCCUCCUAGCACCGCUGUGCCCCAUACUGCCAAAAGCUUUUCUAACUGAAAGAUGGGCUUUUGGGGAGCUUUUUGGGGGUUUUGGCUUUUUUUUUCUCCCUGCUUCUAAUCCUGGGGAUUGUACUUGGGUUUCCUGGAUGAAGGAGUGAGCAGGGGCUGCUCAUUAGUGAUAACAAAGGGCCAGCAGCUGCUUAUAAACAAUUUAGAAGUGGGCAGGUAGUGAGGGGCAGUGGUGCUUCUUGGUACCCUGUGGCUGGAACAGGACUUUGUUAUUAAUUUCUCAGCAGCAGAGAAGGUGAUCUGGGGAAAGCACCUAAAUAUGGUGUGUGGCCUUGGCAGGAAUCCAUUCCUCAGUUUCCCUCUGGUUGGGGUUUUGGGGGGCUCGGUGCUGGGGGAAGCAGUGGGGCGCCCAUGUUUUGUAAUUGUUUGUACAGGAAUAAAUAUUGCUGCAGUCUGUUACCUUGA